UAUAAUCUUCAUUGAAAUUUUGGCAAGUGGCAGAUUCAUUUCCUUGGAUUGAUGCAGAAUUUCACUUCCCAACACACUAAACGUGUCUGAUUGGGGAACGACUUAGAAAAUCAGGGCGAAGCUUCAGUCAACUAAGAACAACAUCUCCAUUAUAUAGGACAUCUUCCUUUUCCCUAAACUUGCAUCAUUCAGACAUUUCUUUUUGAAUGGUAAGCAUGGCAUUUGCAAUCAAAUUUCUGCUUCUCAUAACAUUUCUUGCAGCUGUCUGCACCACAGAUGCCUUGAAACAGAAGGUGACUCGCAUCCAAUUUUACAUGCAUGACAUCGUCGGAGGCCCUAAGCCAACUGCUGUCCGAGUUGCUGGCCGCUCCAACUUCACUAGUCGAGACCCCAUUGCAACCAUGUUCGGGUCCAUUUCCGUGAUGGACAACCCUCUGACGGUCGCCCCAAACAUCAACUCAACUUUAGUUGGGCGUGCUCAAGGGAUCUAUGCUAUGUCAUCACAAGAAAAUGAAUUCAGUCUUCUUAUGACUCUUACUUAUGCUUUCACUAGUGGACCUUACAAUGGUAGCACUUUUAGCGUCCUCGGCCGCAAUCCGGUGAUGAACAAAGUAAGAGAAAUACCGGUCGUUGGAGGCACCGGAAAGUUUAGGCUCGCUCGUGGAUAUUGCCUUGCAAGGACCUAUUCAAUGAAAGAAAUGGAUGCAGUGAUUGGAUAUAAUGUAACUUUGCUCCACCAUUAGCCAUCUUAUUCUAAGACUAAGAGUAUUAUAGGCAUAUUGGUGUUUACUGUUUAGGCUAUCAAAAUUGUUUGUGGUUUGUAGAUUUUCAA